GAUUAUAUUCCUUUGCAAUCAGAAGCCGCCAGGGCCAGGGCCUACGCCGAUUGCUCAUACCUCCUCCUUCGAGAAAAGUUUGCCCCUCUAGGCAAAAUAUGACACAUGAUACAGGCAACCACAGCAAUACUGGCCCAACUUCACCACUAGAAUAGCUUGCUUACAGGCACUUGUCAGCUCGCAAUCUAAGACUCCUUCAAGGUUUCAUUUUUACUUCCUAAAUAAAGCUUAUUAGGCUCAGACGGCAAUGCAAUCUGACUAUUGCCGACAGGCUGACGUCAAUCCUAUCGGACCCAGAAGGUGGCAAAAUCCCAGUGACUUCAUCCCCCUACUUCAUGCCAUAACCCAAUAAUUGAACUCCGAGCAAGAAACAACGGUCUCUAUAAAUCAGAGGAUGCCAAUGGAACACUGCAUUCUUGUAUCCAGAAAGAGGUAACUGGGAGCAAGAAGCUAGCUGUAACUGCUUACCACUCGAAAGCUACAAGGUACUUGCAUAUAGCUAACUUGAAGAUAAAGUUCUUUCUCUGGUGGAUAUACAUUCAUAGUGCUAUAAACAAGAUCGAUAUAUGGCUCUUUCUCUUUUUCCUAUUAAUAGAAACAUGGAACUGUUACCCGAUCAGAGGAGGGCUCGUAAGAAGAUGUAUCGAGAUCGAAAGAUGAAUAUAUUUAAAAAGGGGGAGGAGCUUUCCAUACUUUGUGGUACCGAUGUCCUUGUGAUCCUGUUCCAACCAACUGACAAGGGUACUACUAGUCAGCCAGCUGCAGAGACUUGGCCUAAAGAUCCCACAGAAGUCGAACGCAUUAUCCGCAGAUACAAGGCAAAGCUUGCAGCCUCCACUCAUGCUUCAUCUCCUAGCACAAGCGUGCCGGAAAUCAAAGAUAAGUCUACUAGUACUCCUCCAUCUUCAUCUCCAUCUCCAUCUCCAUCUCGAAGUGUACCAGAGAAGAGAAAAUACAUGAACUUAGAUUUGUCUUUGUCCGGUUCUUAUGAUUCCCAAACGAAAAAGUUGAAAGAGGACGAGGGGAAGAAGAAGUUGCAUGCUUGGGAUGAUGAUGAGAAUAUAAAUUCACAAGAGGCCGGCAUGGAGAUGCAGCUCAAGUAUCCAACAAUCUGGGAUCAUGCUGAAAGAGAAAAUUUAUACGACGACGGGGAAUUGAUGAUUGGAUAUGAUGAUCAUCAAGCAAAACUUGCUUCAUUGGAAGCUAAGCAAAAAGCUAUAACAAAAAGAAUUGCUUCAUUGGAGGCAACUCAUGCUUAAUUUUUUUAAGGAGGACUGGAUGUUUUAAUUCAAAUGCA